AUGCUGCACUGCUGUGCAUCGGUCGCUGGCGCUGUCGUACCGAAGGUUGCUGUCGUGUGCCGCCAGGGCUUCCACCAGGUAGGGACGUACGCUGACCGGAAGGACCGCGUCGUCACGAACUUCCGUCCCGAGGACGCCCCCGAGGAGGAGGAGGUCGAGGAGGAGGUUGAGAAGAUGACGUCGCAGCUCACGGCCCUCAAGGCCAUGUCCACGGUCGUCGCGGACACCGGCGAGCUGGACCAGAUCAAGCUCUACGAGCCGGUGGACGCCACCACGAACCCGUCGCUCGUCCUCAAGGCCACGUCGCUGCCCGCGUACAAGCACUACAUCGACGACGCGAUCAAGGAGUUCGUCGCCUCGGGCGCGCACCCGAGCAACCCGGACCGCCCGUACGCGGACGUCGUCGACCUCCUCCUCGCGCGCUUCGCCGCGGAGAUCACGCAGAUUGUGCCUGGGCGCGUGUCGAUCGAGGUGGACGCGCACCUGAGCCACGACACCGAGGCGACGCUCGCCAAGGCGCGCAAGCUCGUGCAGCUGUGCGAGGCGCGCGGGGUGCCGCGCUCGCGGCUCUACAUCAAGCUCGCGUCGACGUGGGAGGGGAUCCGCGCGUGCGAGGUGCUGCAGAAGGAGGGCAUCGACUGCAACUGCACGCUGCUGUUCUCGUUCGCCCAGGGCGUCGCGUGCGCGGAGGCCGGCGCGGCGCUGAUCAGCCCCUUCGUGGGGCGCAUCCUGGACUGGUACAAGAAGCGCGACGGCGACGUGUACACCCCGGAGAACGACCCGGGCGUCGCGUCGGUGCGCCGCAUCUACAACUACUACAAGCACUACGGGUACGACACCGUGGUGAUGGCCGCGUCGUUCCGCAACGUCGGGGAGAUCCGGCAGCUGGCGGGGUGCGACAACAUCACCAUCUCGCCCGCGCUGCUCAAGGAGCUCGACGAGUCCACGGAGGAGCUCCCGCGGAUGCUCGAGGCGUCGGCGGUGAGGUGCACGGACCCGCGGAUCACGCUGGCGGCGGAGGCGGACUUUUACGCGCUGCACAACAUGGACGAGAUGGCGGUGGAGAAGCUCGCGCAGGGCAUCGAGGGGUUCGCCAAGGACCAGGAGAAGCUCGAGGCCAUCAUCGGGGAGAUCCACGCCGCGUGA